AUGCCAAAGUCAGUCGUAGAGCCCGCAGGUUUAGGAUUCAACGCCUAUCUUGCGCUUCAAAGGCUGGGCAAGUACCUUCUCAACCCACCGAGACGUCAUAAGCGUGCUAUUAAGGUUUCGCUAUCAUUCACAAUGGCCAUUGCAUUUACACUCCCACCGCUCUUUGCCAAAUUCCUCGGGACGAAUCCAUUCUUGCUGGGCACUGUUGUGAGUUUUCCCAAAUUCCUGGUGCCAAUGAUUGUUACCACCAUCUUACCAAAUGUAUUAAUAUAUACAGGCAAUCUAUCUUUUCCCGCUCAAGACAAUUGGCGGUCAGUUAGCAUCCACGGGUGUAGGCCUAUUGGGCGUUAUGUGUGGGCUCGGAUAUGCGAAUCUUGUUCUUCUCUUGAGCCGCUUGAUCCAGUCCACAAACGCACACAAUAUAAUCGUUAGCCGCCGCGCCUUCCUCUGGAGUGCCUUUGUAUUCCUAGCAGUAGGCUGUGGAUAUGUUCGGUCUAAAUAUCCUCGUGCAUAUCUCGCCACCAUUUUCACCAUGGUGGUCAACAUGUUCGCUCUCAUUAAUGGGAUCAACGACUUCGAUGCCUGCUUCAACAACUUCUUCUUCGUCAUGGUGUUUGGCGCUUGCGUCUCCCUCGUCGUUUGCUUCCUAUUCUGGCCGGAAGAUCACUCGCACAGGCUCCGCGACGACGUCAUUGCGGGCUUGCGAGAAGCUCAGAACGUUAUGCAGUCUUUGCGGCGCGCUAUGGAGUUCAGCUUCGGCCAGGAGGCUGAUAUUGCUGCUUUCAAGGAAUCACACGUCAAUAUUUCAGCUACUCUUGAGGAGACGAACUAUGAAUUGUCGGUCACGAGGGUCGACCCAGCUGUGUUUGUCCCAUUGAAUACAUCAAUUGCUCGGAUGUUAUCCUUGGCUAGAGCCUUCAAUUCCGCAAUGCGGAGGAGACACAGACUUCACACUCAUAUCCACUUCCGCUUCGAGGAUCUUGCGGAUAAAGAAUUAGGCAUUUCUACCGCCACUCCUUGUGAGGGGGCUGGGCCAAAUUCCAUGAACUCCAAAUUGGCGUUUGAGCUAGCCUUUGCUAGCGCUUUCGAGCUCUUCGGUGACAUGACUCUUCGUAUCGAGGAGCUCUACAGCGGGAAAGAGAUUGUCUCCACGAUCGAGUAUGAAAAGCUCGCCAACAGGAUCGAUAACAUCCGCGAGAAACUUGUUGCCGAGGUCGAGCUACGGACGGUAUCGGGACCCCACGAGUUGGAAGGCGCAGCUUUCAUGGACCAAGUGAACACUGUGCUCCUGGACAUGCUGGAAGUCGUCAAGGAUACCGCACGGGCAAUUAGUUGCAUUGAGAAGCGGAGAAUUUCUCUCGUCCUGCCCAGGAAACUCUAUACUGGUAAGCCCCCCUCCACCGGAACACCCGAGACGCCUAUGAUCUAAGACAACGAUGCAUGUCCAGCAGAGGAAUCGAGCGAGGACGACGACUCUGCCCGGCAUGCGGUGAGCGAAGGAGACCAUGGACUAGUCUUACUACUGGGAUCUACAUCCGCACUGGACCGUUUCCGGAUCUAUCUGGCCGAUAAACUCCUCGCAUUCCGCGGCUCUCGGCACAUCAAAUACGGCGCCAAGUUCGCCGUGGUCAUGGGCGUUAUCUCGCUACCAACGUACAUAUCCGACUGGAACGUGUGGUCCAAGGACCUGCGCGUGGAAUGGGCACUCAUUUCCGCCAUGCUGGUGAUGGAGACAACACGAGGUAUGGCCUUCCGCACCGUGGGGAUGAAGCUCGCAGGCGCAAUAAUGGGCGGGUUGGCGGCCUUCCUGGUAAUGCAGGUGGGCCAAGGCGUGAUAUACGUCACCAUAGCUCUCUCAUUCCUCACAGGUCUUGGAGUCGGUCUCCUCGUGCAACACCCCAAGUUCGCCAAAGUCGGAAGGGUGCUCGCACUAGCAUACAACAUAAUCCUGGGCGUUGCGACCAUAUUCCCGGACCAGGAGACUAUCCCCUCAGCUUUCGCCCGUAGAAUCCUGACGCUGUUGGUGGGCGGGGCGAUAGCAAUAUCCGUGCACCUAACCCUCUUCCCCUUCCGCUCCCGCAGUGCGCUGACGAAGGCGCUCUCACACUCCCUUGACUGGCUGCACCACCUAGUCUUCGCCAUCGAGGCCAGCGGAGAAUUCCCCAUGCUAAAGGAACGCUUCGACGACAUGGUUAAGAAGGCCCGGGGUCGCGUCAACUUUGCAAAGGCUAUGCUCCCAGCAACGAGGUACGAAAUCUCCCUGGCAGGUCACUGGCCGUACGAGCGCUUCGAGCGCAUACAGGAGAAGGUAGUGGACGUAACGGUCCUCAUCGUCGGCGAGAACGCGGCAGAGCCCGCCAUGUCUAAAGUGAGUGGGGGAGGAGGGGGAAAGCUAAGACUGAAACUCCUAGCCUCCCUCUGCAACGACCUGCUAGUCAUCUCGCACGCGCUCGGCACGCGCUUGUUCAUGCCCAGGAACGAGUCGCUGUCGACCUACGUGCUCGAUGAGUAUCAGACCAACCUCUCCACCAAGAUCGCCGACGGCGAUCCGUCGUGUCCCUAUAGGAGGAAUUUCGCCGACUUGGGCAGGCUCGCGGAUCUGGUCUAUGAAAUGAACCUGCUCAGGGAGGAGGUUGAUGAGUUGAUUGCCGAGACCCAGUGCCCGAGGAAGGGCCUGCUUCCGCAUCUGUCGUUUGUUAUCAAAAAGUCCAAGCCCUCAACGCCUAUGGGGGAUGAGGAGUCUACGGGGCAGAGGGGGCUAAGGUGA